CACGUACUAUUGGCUACGCAUGCCAGUAAUAAACAAACAAUAAAUAAGCCGUCAUAACCUUUAUUUUCACUUAUAUAAACAAACAAUAAAUGGUUGGUCAUGGCCUUUAUUUUCACUUUCAUCUAAGGUAAAUUAAUGUGUUUGGCUUUUUAUGGUUGUUGGGAUGAGAGAGGAUCCUUUUCACUAGAUAUCGGUCUAAACCCAUGUCGUACUGUGAUUGUCCUUCCGUUACAACAUUAAAUUAAGAGGGUCCUACCCAAAUUUUAAAAAAAGAAAAAAAAUAAAAGGUUAAUUCAAAGAAACCACUUCCUAUAUAAAGCUCCCUCAAGUGUCCAACUAAUGCAAUGCAAUGCAAGUAGUAGAUGGAAAUAAGUCUCACACUGGCCACCAUCCCCACAUCAACAUACACUACACUGGAGGACACAUACCCUACACCUGUGGGUGGCACCUACCCUUACCCAAGAACUUAAAGGACCCCCCACCCAACUCCCUUUGGCCGGAGCUCUCUCCCCUCCGACGUAAAUUUUGCAGGGAACUUUGCAUUGAACCCCCAUGGUGGUUCUUAACAAAGAGGUAUCAAAUCAACUGGAGUGGCGAGUUACCAUUGGAGAUGGUUCGUCUAUGCAACUAAGGUCGGACCCCAGGUGCUUUCAGACGGCUUGGGAGUGGGUUUUCGAGGUGGUUUUGGGAUGGAAAAUGGAAGUUGAGGAGCUUAUUCAAAGGAUUUGUAAGAUUGGGAAGGAGGAUCCAAGGAAGGUGGCUCAUUGUUUCAAGGUGGGGCUGGCUCUUACUUUAGUGUCCUUAUUCUACUACAUGAGGCCCUUGUAUGAGGGAGUCGGAGGCAACGCGAUGUGGGCUGUGAUGACAGUCGUUGUGGUGUUCGAAUCCUCCGUUGGUGCGACUUUGGGCAAAGGUUUAAACAGGGCAUUGGGAACGAUUCUAGCAGGUGCGUUGGGCAUCGGAGUGCACUAUGUUGCUGAGAAGUCAGGCCCCACUAUUGAGCCUAUCAUCCUCGGACUAUCCGUAUUUCUAAUAGCUUCAGCCGCAACCUUUUCUAGAUUCAUACCAAAAGUGAAACAACGCUAUGACUACGGGGUGAUGAUAUUCAUACUCACCUUUAGCCUGGUCUCGGAGUCGGGGUAUAGGGUGGAGAAGCUGUUCGAUAUGGCACACGAGAGGCUCUCAACUGUAGCCAUCGGGUCAUGUGCAUGUGUGCUGAUAAGCAUGCUCAUCUGCCCCACAUGGGCCGGCCAAGACCUCCAUAAGCUCAUCGCCAAAAACUUACAAAAGCUUGCAGCAUCACUGGAUGGAUAUGUAGCUGAGUACUUUGAGGAGAAGGACGUGGAGGGCAUAAGCAUCAUUGACAAGGCUACAUUAAAAGGCUAUAAAUGUGUUCUUAACUCGAAGGCAACAGAGGAAUCUCUGGCAAACUUUGCCACAUGGGAGCCAGCACAUGGCAAUUUCGGCUUUCGCCACCCAUGGAAACAAUAUCUCAAGAUUGGGACAACAUCACGCUUCAGUGCUUAUUGCAUUGAGGCACUCAGUGCCUGCACCAGCUCAGAAGUCCAGGUUUGUCUUCAAAACCAUCUCACCGGCUCCCUAACAUGAUUCCUUCAUUUCUUUGUGUGUACAUGAGAGAAAGAGAGAGAGAGAGAGAGA